AUGUCGGUGUCUAUGUGCGGCGGAGUGGCAGGUGUGUGGCGGCCCGGACCUAAAGGCUCGUGCAGGCCGCAACCGCAGCAGGCGAAGCGUCGGCUGCAGAUGGAUGCUGACGUGGACAGCAGGAGUGACGAGAGGCCGGCGAAGGUGCAGCGAAGCUACGUGCUGCAGCAGGUGGGGCAGCAACGCGGGCAGGCAGGGCGGACGCGAGGCGAGGAAGCGGCGGGUGGGCAGACUGGGGCACGCGAGCAGGCAGUGGAAACGGGCCCAGGGAGCAAGCAGGCGGGUGUGGGGCAUGGUGGGGCGUGGGCGUGUGAGCAUGAUGCAGGGAAGUCGCACGGCAGAGGGGUGGGGGGAAACGAGUGCGUGGCGGAAGUAGGGGAAGGUGGUGCUGCAAGCCGCUGUGCCCUCUUUUUCCUCCGCCCCACCACCAGUCUCCUCAACAGCAGAAUCGAUGCAAUCAACAUGUGUUACGUCAACGCCACACUGCAAGCCCUCGCCUCCCUUCCGCCCUUCCUCUCCCACCUCCUCCACCUGCCCCUCCCCGCCUCUCUCGCCCGCUCCUCCUCCCUCCGCCUCCCAGUCACCACUGAGCUUCAGCGGCUGACGUGGCAGCUGCUGGGCCUGCCACAUGGCAACAGCAGUGGCGCCACUGUGGGGAGCAUCAGUAGCCGAUUGAGGGGGACAGCGGGUGGCGUGGCGGAUGCGAGGGCUGUAAAGAGGGCAGUGGGGCGCAACGCUCCCAUCUUUCAGGGUCAGGAACAGCAGGUGAGAGCAGCAGGUGGGAGCAGCAGGUGA